UGCCACGGCAGGCCCCGAGGACGGCCAACAUGCAUACAGCGGCGAUACGCCCUACAGAUGCCAUCAGGAGGGUCGGUAUAUAACACGGCUACGGAUGGCAGCGGCGGCAGACAGACCACGGUGCAGCGGACCGCGCAGAUAGCCAGUCACACAGCAGCCAUGAAGCUCCUGAUUGUUCUCUGUCUUCUGGCGGUCGCCCUUGCCAGGCCAGAAAGGAAUGCCCAGGUCGUCUCCAACUUCAACGAGCUUAGAGAAGACAACUCAUACGAUUUCCAGUUCGAGACGUCCAACAACAUCCUCCGCGAGGAGUCGGGUCUCUCCUACCCGGGAAACGAGCCGGAGACGGGCCGGUAUGUGCAGACGGGCAGCUACGAGUUCGUCCAUCCCGACGGCACCGUCACCAGCAUCCAGUUCAUCGCCGACGAGAACGGAUUCCGGCCGCUGGGAGCCGUGAUCCCCCAGAUCACCGAGCAGGUCAACAUUCAGGACGCCUAGUGGGACCCACCGGAUGUCAGACAGGCCCUGGCAGACUCCAUGGGCCGCCGAUCGGGAUAGGAUGGCAUGGAAGUUAAAUUCGUACGGCGCACGCUCCGGCAGGGAAAGGUGUCAAGUCAAGGUGGACGGAGACACUGGUGAGAUGCCGGUUCUGCCGAUGGGUUCCCAAGCCUACUAGACGGAUGUCGAAUCUACCGAAAAGCUGCAAGUUGUACCGAGGUAUCUGUGAAGUCUGCCAGCAGAUCUGUGCCAUCGCAGAUGUCGAUACAGUUAACAAAGGCCGCCUGGACAUUCGGCACGCGCCAGAGCUAAGCUCCUCCGACUUCCACUGCUGACUCGAUCGACAUGUGCCCAGGUGCUCAAAUAUUUCAUUUUCAUAUGUGUCCAUGAUCAGUGAUCACGCGCAGAAGCAUAUUUAGGGAUUAGGUAUAUGUCAAAAGGGCUUUGGGGGAAACGCAUUUAUUAAAUGUAAAAAAGUGAUCACAUUAUCCAACAUGUAAAUGAAUAAGAAGUCAUCUAAUGUGAUAUGUUUCUGGUCAACAUAUUGACGUAAAUAUAUUUCAACAAAUGCUUUCA